AAGAGCAUUCAUUUGCAUGACCGUGGCCUCAGUGCGUCGCACGGUUAAUGAAAUAGGUACGUGUAUGUCCGCGAGCGUCCUGGGGCCGUUCCGCUCCCAUUCCUUGACUCGUUUUGCGCGUAAUUGUACCGCCAUAGCUGUUCUCGUCGCAGCAUACUCGUCGCCAAGGUGACGAAUAUGGUGAGCAGGAAAGGUUCGUUCCAUAAAUAGAGGUCUUGACUUAGGGUUAGGUUUUGACUUUUAUAAGGCAUGGGUUAGGAUCCUGGCCGUCGGAUGUUUGUUAACUAAUCUUAUCCAUUCAGGGCGAGAAGAAAAAUGGCGGGGCUGGGGUUCGGGUCAGGCGCCUUUUCGGCACGCAUCUCAGCCUGGCCCGGCACAUGGCGCAAUCGCAACCUGCCUUUUGCAUUUGAUGCAACCCACAGCGGCGGCAGGACGUGUCGAAAGAGCGAGCGGCACAGCUCAGACACAAGCACUUAUCCACCAGCUAUUCGGGCUUUGGAAGCUGCCCGCAAUCGAGAGGACACACACCCGCCAAACCCGAGCCCUGCCACCACCAGCACCAUAGGCCCCCGCGGGUCCUCCCGCCAACAUUUCGCUAAGUGGCGCGCAAAACCCCCACAGAAAGCUGCGAUAGAUGCGCCCAGUAAAAAAGCCACGUGCCGGCCAGCAAGUGGCUGCAGCCGGGAUUUCGAUAGCCAUGUCGAGUAGCAGCAGCUGUAGCUCGGCAGUAGCAUACUAGCAGUGGUUGUGGUAGCGAUAGCCUAAACCCUUUCAACCCACCCCCAACCGACUGCCCGCGACCUACCAGCCUUUAGCAUUUUUAUGGGUUCCUUUGCGUCUUCAUACAAUCCGAUUCGGAGCUAUCAGCCGGCAACCUGACAGCACGCCGCGACCCCAUCACUGAGACAGGAAAUACACGUACAGCGGGGCGACAUACAGACACACACGGACAUAAAGAAUCGCGAACACGCAUUAACGUCUUAUAAUCCCCACUAUUGGAACCUCCAGGACGAUCGUGGCGACUUGCUGCAGCUGUAGCAAUAAAGCGG